UUAAGCGUUGGCACUGAACCGGGCAACAAUCUUUCACUCCUCCGCUCUUGAAUCGUCGCGAUCAACCGAUCAACCGAUCUACCAAUCCACCGAUCUAUAACUAGAGCAAACUGAGAGAGUGUUCUAUUAAUCGAAACGAUCGAAUUUAAAGUAUUUUAGCGUGGAAAACUCACAAGUUCUUGUUGUGUGUCCCAUGAUUGCCGUGUGAUCGAUCCAUUGGAAUUAAUUGCACAAAUAUGAGCAGCAAUAUCGGCAUGCGCAUGCUAAUGAUGAUUAUGCCUCAUUUAUAGUGCGCUAAUUGAACGCGAAAUUACUCGAUAAAACCAAAUAUACCCCAACCAUUCGCAAACAAACAUCAACUCGAAAGAAAAAUAAUACCAAGUGUGUUUUAGUGAGAGUGUGUGUCGAUUGACCGAACAGCCGCAUAAAAUGGAUAUCAGCUAUAUCUUCGUGAUCUGCCUAAUGGCCCUGUGCAGCAGCGGCAACAGUCUGAGCCAAGUCGAGGGCAAACAGAAAUCCGGAAGGGGCCGGGGCUCCAUGUGGUGGGGCAUUGCCAAGGUCGGCGAACCCAAUAAUAUAACGCCCAUUAUGUACAUGGAUCCGGCCAUCCACUCUACACUGAGAAGAAAACAGCGACGGCUGGUCAGGGAUAAUCCCGGUGUGUUGGGAGCCUUGGUUAAGGGCGCCAACUUGGCCAUCAGCGAAUGCCAACAUCAGUUCCGGAAUCGUCGCUGGAACUGCUCAACGAGGAACUUCUCGAGGGGCAAAAAUUUAUUCGGCAAAAUCGUGGAUCGAGGCUGCCGAGAGACGAGCUUCAUCUAUGCCAUUACCAGUGCGGCGGUGACCCACUCGAUUGCCAGGGCCUGCAGCGAAGGGACGAUCGAGUCCUGCACCUGCGACUAUAGCCACCAGUCGCGGUCCCCACAAGCGAACCACCAGGCGGGCAGUGUGGCUGGAGUGCGGGAUUGGGAGUGGGGCGGCUGCUCCGACAAUAUCGGAUUCGGGUUCAAGUUCUCCCGGGAGUUCGUCGAUACCGGCGAGAGGGGUCGCAAUCUGCGCGAGAAGAUGAAUCUGCACAACAACGAGGCGGGCCGAGCGCACGUCCAGGCGGAGAUGCGACAGGAGUGCAAAUGCCAUGGCAUGUCCGGCUCUUGUACAGUGAAGACCUGUUGGAUGCGACUGGCCAAUUUCCGUGUGAUCGGUGAUAAUCUCAAGGCCCGCUUCGACGGAGCCACCCGCGUCCAGAUUACCAACAGUGUGAGGGCCAGCAAUGCCUUGGCCGGAGUUAGUCCCAAUGCGGCCAGCUCGAAUUCCGUGGGCUCCAACGGCCUGAUUAUUCCCCAAUCGGUGGUCUACGGCGAGGAGGAGGAGCGCAUGCUGAACGACCAUAUGCCGGACAUUCUGCUGGAGAACAGUCAUCCGAUCAGCAAGAUCCAUCAUCCAAAUAUGCCGUCGCCCAACAGUUUGCCCCAGGCUGGGCAAAGGGGCGGUCGAAACGGACGUCGGCAGGGCCGCAAGCACAAUAGAUAUCACUUCCAACUGAACCCGCACAAUCCCGAGCACAAGCCGCCAGGCUCCAAGGACCUCGUCUAUUUGGAGACCUCGCCCAGCUUCUGCGAAAAGAAUCUGAGACACGGCAUUUUGGGAACCCAUGGGCGCCAGUGCAAUGAGACCUCGCUGGGCGUCGACGGAUGUGGGCUGAUGUGCUGUGGGCGUGGCUAUCGGAGGGAUGAGGUGGUGGUUGUGGAGCGAUGUGCCUGCACCUUCCACUGGUGCUGCGAGGUCAAGUGCAAGCUGUGUCGAACCAAGAAGGUCAUCUACACGUGUCUUUAAGAAAGCAUCCUGCCUCAAAAACCCACUUCCCUCCCUCUAAAACUCGUCGCCCCACUUCUUUGUAUGUGUUAUGUAUUUUGUCUACGCUUAGCCUUUGUUAUUAGCACCUUAAGAGCCUAGACUAUAGCCUAGUUAAAGAUACAACUAACCGCCCUGACAAAUCCCAUCUAAAGCCUCACUUUUUAGCUCUCACUUUUUUUUGUAGCAGUAUUACACGAGGAAUAUUAACGAAUAGAUUUCAAGAAAAAAGUGAGGAAAACUACAUGUGUUUGCCCAGUUUUUAGUCAUGUAAGCCAGUUCCCAAUCGAAGGAAAAAUAUUUUGUAAAUUACAAAGCCCCCAUUUUUGUACCCUUAGAUAAUAGUUAACAAUUAAUAUUUGUUUUUAAGUUAAGCUUAAAGUUUUCGAAGCGCGUUCCCAUUCUUCUGAAUCCCUAUCCCUACUCUGUCGCUUAAAAUCAUUUUUAAAUCAUUGACAACAAGACUGAAAAUUCAAAUUACGCGCUGCUCCUUCCUUCUCUCUAGCGAACACUGCUUGAACUGCUUGCAUACUGCUUUGGCCAGGACCAAAAUGUAUGGAAAGUGGGCAGAAAUAUCCUUCAAGAAAAUCGAUUAUCCAGGCUGGAAAACAAUUGGGAUAAGUUACCAAAAAUUCCAUAAUAAGUUUUCCAUUCCUAGCCUGGUCAUACAAAACAAAAAACAAAAACUUUUGUGUACAUAAAUAAGCUUAAAUUAACUUUUAGUUUUAGGAUAAAUUCAUACCAACCCCACGAAAAAACAGAAAAAAGAUUUUAGUUGCUUGGAAUUUAUGAAAUUUUGCACACGAAAUAUUUUUUUUUGUAAACGCAUUAAAUUUAUCCCCCUGAACUUUCGGUUGUGCGUUCUCCCCCUCCAAAUGUAGGUAUUACUAAUUAAUUAAAUGCACUUAGCUGGCUAGUUAAACUAAGUAUAUGAAUAGCUUGAUAUGAAUAUUAUAUUUAAUUAAUUUAUACUAGCUCAUAGACAUUCAAUUUUGUAAAGUAUUAAUGCGAAGGAAAACAAGAAACAAAAAAGCGAGCAGAAAAAUGCGAAUGCAAUCGAAAACAAAUCAAUAAAAAACAGAA